AUGGUUACUGCAAGAAUUGAUAGUUUUUCUGGAUCCUGGUACUCGGAUGAAGAAGAGGCUCUCUCUCAAGAAAUUACUCAGUAUUUGGAGAAGACAAAGCCUGUCAUUCAGAAUUAUGUUGGUAAGAAAGUCAAGGCCGUUGUUGCACCUCAUGCUGGAUUUAGAUAUUCUGCUCCAACUGCUGCUCAUGGUUAUGGAUGUAUUCGGAAUGCCUCUAAUUUUGAUUCAAUCACCACAGUUUUUGUUCUAGGCCCAUGCCAUCGAGUCUAUUUGGAUGAUCAAUGUGCCUUGUCCAAAUGUGACCAGUGCAACACACCACUUGGUGCUUUGAAAGUCAAUCAGAAAAUUCAAAAUGAAUUGUUGAAACUCCAUCCUGAUACUUUUUUCUUGUUCAAAGACAAGAAAAACGAAGAGGAUGAACAUUCUCUUGAAUUACAAUUUCCCUUCAUUUCAUAUUUAUUCAAGGGCCGUUUGAAUCAAAUUCAAAUUGUCCCCAUCAUGGUUGGAAGUUUAUCAAAGGAGACUUUACAACAAGUUGGAAAAGCAUUAUCGAACUACAUGGAUGAUGAGUCGUCACUCUUUGUAAUUUCAAGUGAUUUCUGCCAUUGGGGAAAACGUUUCAGCUAUCAGUUCGUUGUUAAUAAGGACGUACCUCUUCACAAGUCUAUUGAACAGUUGGAUAUGAUGGCUGUAGAACUGAUCACAAAGAGCUCAAAACAACCUGAUGAAUUUUAUUCGUAUAUGAAAAAGUAUAAGAACACCAUUUGUGGUAAACAUCCAAUAUUAAUCAUGCUCUAUGCCCUUCAAAAUUCUAAUAAUUGGAAAGAUGAUCAUGACAUGGUCUUUUUGAAAUAUUCUCAGUCAAAUGCAGCCAAAUCUAUGGAUGACAGUAGUGUGAGUUAUGUCUCGAUUGCUCUCAUGAAAUAG